ACCGUGUCGUCCUCACACCUGACAGAAGCCACCAAUCAAGCCGCCCCCUGAGCUGACAGUUGACGGCCAUGGCGUCAGCGCCGGGCGCACCGGGCAGGUCCCUCCUCGUCCUCGUCUCCCUCGUCACGGUGGUCCUCGUCCUCGUCUCCGCCGUAGAGUGCUACGACGGCCACCAUGCUGCCGCAGCGCGCUCAGCCGUGGCGCGCCGCUCCCGCCUUGCGAUGGGGACGCGGCACGUGCGCCACCGCCGGACCGCGACGCCGCACCGGUACGUCCUCGCGGAGAAGAGCAACGCGACCGGCGGCGGCAGCGCCAAGAACCGCAGCUCUCCAGCAGCCUCAAACAAUGCCACCUCGCCGACGCCGGCGCCGGCGCCUCCGGCCGAGCCGAGCAAGCACCACCGCAACCACAGGCACCGCGUCCGCAACUGGAUCAUCGGCUUCGUCGUCGGGUCCCUCGCCGGCGUCAUCUCGGGGCUGGUCCUGUCCGUGCUGUUCCGUCUAGUGCUCAACUGCAUCCGCGGGCGGUACGGGUCGCGGUCCGGCGUCACGAUCUUCACCCCGAAGCUGAUCAGGCGCGCCGAGCACCUGGCGUUCCUGGAGAAGGACGACGGGCUGGCGUCGCUGGCCGUGAUUGGUCGCGGAGGGUGCGGCGAGGUCUACAUGGCGCAGCUCCCCGCGGAGCGCGAGGGCGCGGAGCCCCGGUUCAUCGCCAUCAAGAAGAUCAAUAUCAAGAAGAGCGCCGACACGCCCAACAACCUGAGCGACGAGGAGAGCCGGCAGCUGGACAAGCAGUCGCGGCAGAUCCAGUCGGAGAUCCGGACCGUCGGCCACAUCCGCCACCGCAACCUCCUCCCGCUGGCGGCGCACGUCCCCCGCCCCGACUGCCACUACCUGGUAUACGAGUACAUGAAGAACGGCAGCCUGCACCACGCGCUCAAGGGCGGCGGAGACGGCGUGGCGGCGCUCUCGUGGCCGGCGCGGCUCCGCGUGGCGGUGGGCGUGGCGGCGGGGCUGGAGUACCUGCACGUCUCCCACCACCCGCAGAUCAUCCACCGCGACCUGAAGCCGGCCAACAUCCUCCUCGACGACGACCUGGAGCCGCGCAUCGCCGACUUCGGGCUCGCCAAGGCGAUGCCCGACGCGCACACGCACGUGACGGCGUCCCACGUCGCCGGCACGCUGGGGUACAUCGCGCCCGAGUACCACGGGACGUUCAAGUUCACGGCCAGGUGCGACGUGUACAGCUUCGGGGUGAUCCUGGCGGUGCUGGCGACGGGGAAGGAGCCGUCGGACCCGUUCUUCACGCAGACCGAGGAGGUGGUCGGGCUGGUCAAGUGGCUCCGCCGCGUGAUGCUGGCCGGGAACCACGCCGAGGCCAUCGACCCGGCCAUCGCCGGCGCCGAGAACGAGGAGCAGAUCGUGCUGGUGCUGCGCAUCGCCAUGUUCUGCACCGCCGACGACCCCAAGGAGCGGCCCAGCGCCAAGGAGGUCCGCUGCAUGCUGUCGCAGAUCAGGAUUCAGCAGGACCUAGUGUGACUAACCUCUGCAACCGUAGCAAUAAUUCUGUGUUGUGGAAAGUGUCGAUGGUAGUAGCUAGUGCUGGGUCAAGUCAGUGGCGUCAACUGUCAGGUGGGCCCGGCAGACUAGGACCGGGUCUUGAUAUACCAGACCAGGGUAGAUCAGAGAGAGAGAGAGAAUGAAAGGUUAUCCAGCGCAGGCGUUGGAUAUUCCGCGAUCGCUUCGUACUUUCAGUGUGCCGUGAUGCUUGCGAGUUGCGAGCUUUAUUUACGAUGGAUAUAUAUACCGGUAAUUUUUCGCGUGGUCAUUUGAACCUUUGCUCCCGA